UAACCUCACUUUUGUUUGAGGUGUAUUACCAGUAAAGAUGUCCGAAUUGUUACCGUUUUCAUUACGAAUUUGGGAGGCAGAUUUUGGUUUGCCCACUGUCGACCCGAACAGCUUAACUGCCCUGACGAUACUCAAAAUGAGCAACGCUAACGUCAGGAUAACUUACGGCAGUUGCCCUCAGUACGCCGCCAUUCCUUCGCUAACGCGUAAUAAUAAAUUGCUCGCCGAAGGUAGUGACUUUUUGGAGAGCGUUUUAAGUGUGUGCAACCUGGAUUCCCAAUUGGAUGGUAGACUUCAAGGGCUCAGUAUGGCGUACAAGCGGUAUUUUUUAGAAACAUUCGAACCAUUAUUUUUUUAUGACUGUUGGAUUCAUAAACCAAACUACGAACAACUUAUCCGACCUUGGUAUAUGAGCGCAAUCACAUUUCCAUUCAACUUCCUGUACAUGAAAUCAAAACGACGACAGGCUGUCGAACGGUACCACUGUCUAAAAAAAAUGCGCACUAGAGAAAAUUUUCUUACUCAGUCAUACGAAGCCGUAUCUUGCUGUUUGGAAGAUUUUAACACUCUACUGGCAGACAGACGCAGUUAUAUUUUGGGUGAAUUACCGAGCGGCUUGGACGCCAUUGUAUAUAGUUACAUAAAAAUUGCCUUAAGUCUGCCGGUACCCGACGUCCGCCUUCAGAAUACUAUCAAAAACUAUAAAUAUUUAUGCCAGUAUGUUCGAAAUCUUACGAGAAGAUAUUAUCCUGAAGUUGAAGUCGAGUAUAAACAUGUACAGCCAGAGACUGCUGUAAACGAACGCGCUUCCACUCUUACGCUAUUGAUUGCGGCAAUUUCAGCUUCCACUCUAAUGAUGGCGUAUGCACAUAUAAAUGGAAUAAUCCACCUUAAAUUUCCGAAGAUUAAUUUAAGUAGAUAAGCCAUCUGUAUGUAAUUUAAUGAUUUUUAUCAAUAAAUAAUGGAUUAUUUGUUUA